CAACGUCGACCCCAGCCUCCCACUGUAAACUAGACCCCACUUUCUCCGGUUGCACUCGGGCUUCUUGCGAUCUGCUUUAUUGACCGCCGCCGCCGCGGCCGCUGUUGUCACUUGAAGAUGGCUGAUCCCUACACAGUCUGGCGAAGCCGUAAUGGGCUCUGUGGGGCGUCGCUAAGGGACAGCUUGACCCCAGCCUGUAAUCAUUCCGCGAGGCGAGAGACGAUGCUCGAGUCGCCUCGUAUCUCGUUGGGCCGGCGCCUUAGGACAGCGUACGGUUACCUGCUCCGACCCGCGUCGGCUCGUCGGCGACGCAGCGUACCGUGCCUUCUCGGCACGGUAUAAAUACCGUAUCAGGCAUGCUUGGACUCAUCGUCAUCCUUCGAUCUUCAGUAAGAAGCUCAGCUUCGCGUAUCAGUCGAACCGAGCUGCAACGAUUGUCACCGAGCUGCAACGAUUGUCACCGAGCUGCAACUAUUGUCACCGAGCUGCAACGGUAGUAUUUCCUCGUCUUCUCCUCCGUCGAUCCUAACAGCGCUUGAAGCAGCAGCACCGAUCGCAGCAGUUUGCUGGAAUCUGCUGGAAUCUGCUGGAAUCUGCUGGAAUCUGCUGGUAUCUGCUGGAGUUCGACCUCGAGAUUGUCCCGCUUGACGUUGAACACUAACGCGGAGCGUGGCAAUCAUGGCUCGCGUCGUUCUCCUCCUGCUCUCCGUUCUCCUGGUCACGUUGGCAACGGCAGCAGCAGCGGCAACACCAGCAGCAAUAGCAGCAGCAGCAAAAGCAGCAGCAAGCAUUAGGGCAAGCGCCGGCAGGCGAGCAGGCCAGGGAUUCGGAAUUGGUAUAGGAGCUAGCGGAUGCGUCUCCCUCGGCGUUGGCAUCGGCGGAGGUCGCGGCGGUGGCGGACGACCUUGCAGCGACAACCGAGGCGGCAGUAGCGGCGGGAACAGCGGCGGAAGCAGCGGCGGCGGUUCUUCAGGUGGUUCUCCUGGGGGAGGAAUCACUGGCCCAGCGUGUGAUCAUGGCAAGUGUGACGAUAACGCAGGGUCGCUCGAUUACUGGCGAAUCCCCGAGUGCGGCGAGUGCGCGAGCAUAGCAGCAGGAAGCAUGCCUGUAGCGGGGGAUAAGGCGUGGUGCGUCGGGGGCAGCGACACGGAGCUUCUAGACGCCAAGGACUGCUGCGCUCUGUGCAAGAGCACCAAUGCCACUGCCUCUGACCAGCCGUUCAACUGCCGCUUCUGGGCGCACAUCCCAUCCAACGGCUCCUGCGUUCUGCUCCCAGCGAUCGACAUCCUCCAGCCCGUCAGAUCCACCGAGGAGAAAUCCAACGGCCACAAACUCCGAAUUGGAAAGCGCUGCCCUUACAGCGAGAACGACCCGCACUUCCUGGGCGCGCACGGCACGCGGUUCGACUUCAACGGGCUGCCCGAGAAGAACUUCUGCCUGUACACGGACAAGCAGGUGCAUGUGAACAUGGGCAUGCGCGGGUACCUCGACUCGCGCUCCACGCAGAACGCCGCGCUCGUCAUCAACGGCUCCGCCGUGCGCACCUGGAUCCGCCAGCUCGCCGUCAUGUGGACCGACAACAGCGCCGCCGCCGACUCCGACAACACCGUGGCCGCUAAGCCCGUCACCCACUCCCUGGUUCUCACCGCGCGCGACGGCAACGAGCAGCUCCGUGGGGAGUCCGGCUUCCUGGCGUCCGUGGAGCUCGACAGCGCCGCUAUCCCCCGCCUGGCGCCCGGUGAGUCGCGCAGCCUGGCAGGUGGCAAGCUGUCGCUGCAGUUCGUUGCCGAGGAGAAGGUUGGGCCGUACGACGUGGACCACUACUACCUGCGCCUCGACGGGCUCCUGGAGCUGGACCUGAAGCUGCGCCCCGCGCACCCUCUGCUGCAGACACCUGAGGACUCUCAGGUGCACAUCAACCUGAUGUUCAUGGACGUGAGUGCGAGCAGCAGCGUGCACGGCGUGAUGGGGCAGACGUACCGCGGCGGCCGGGAGUCGCGCACCAUGGAGUUCUCUCGCCUCGCCGCGCUGCUGCACCACCCCGUGUCCGCCGAUGGCGAGGAGGGCAGGGGCUUCCUGGACGGCCAGGUCGGCGACUAUGAGACGUCUGCCGUCGCCGCCACCGACUGCCGCUUCUCUGCUUUCAACGGCCAGCAGCUGCCCGUUGAUAACUAGGGAGAGAUGCGUGUGGAUGGUUGGGGGGAGCUUGUUUCUAAGGUUUCAGGUCUGAGCCAAUGGGUAGUUAUGGGGACUACAAGAUCUCCGCUGUCACCGCCACCGACUGUUGCUUCUCUGCUUCAACGGCCAGCAGCUGCCCGUUGAUGCGUAGAUGGAAAUUCUGGUUGCUGGGUUGGAGGUUGUAAUCUGGGGUGAUGUUGACUUCAACGGCCACCAGCUGAGUGUGGUCGGCUCUCUGGGAGGGACUGGUGUUGGAUGCAGAUAGGGAGGUUGAGGGCAUGUAUUCUGUGACAAGGGAGGCUGAGGGUGUUAGUAUGGACAUUGGUGGGCAUCAGGAGUUUCAGUAUCUUGAGGGGCGUAUGGAGGGGAUGUCCUGGGAUGGAAUCAUAGAAGCUGCUUUGCCAAGCCUUGGUUGGUGGGGUGAUGGCUCAUCACUGAUGGGGUUGGGUGGGUGUGUGUAAGAUGUGGAUGCUGUGAGUGGUUGCAAGAUUGUACAGCAGAUAGUAUGUUCUGCUUUCUGCUGUAAGCUCUUACAACCACAGGAUGGUGUGGAGUUACUAUGGUUGAGUAUUUUAUUGGCACAA